AUGAAUCACAACGAGAAAAGAAGAGCUGAGACACAAUACAGAAGAUUGAGCCACACUGAGAAAACCCGUUGUCACCUACGGUCACGAACUGCGCCGCGACUACACCUCUCAAAUCGGCCACAAGAACUGCGACUAGGACUUGCUUCUCCACUUGUUGAAGCUCGCGGUGAUGGUCGCCGUGGAAACCUCUCUUAUUUUCCUUUCUUCCUUCUUCUCAAUGUGCAAGAUACACAUAGAACUAAUCAACCUCAUCGGCCGGAGAUCCCAUCAUCUUUGCCUCUCAAAGGCAGGUUCGGUGGCAAGGCAGGAUCGGUGGUGUAUCACGAAUGGUUCAUCAAAGGAAAGUGGAAAACUUUUGGGACAAAGAUGAGUCGAGUCCACUUGGGCGGCCAUAGCGUUUGUGUCCCACCUUUGUCCCCUUGCCUCUUUCUUGCCUUUCAUGCUUCCGACAACAUCUCUCUCUCUUCCUUUAACCCUAACUUCUAUGCAUCUUCUCCCCCUGUAUAUAUUUCUCUUUCUCUAAAACCCAUCAUCAACCAAACGCACCAACAAGAACAAGAAGAAGAACAAGGAUUCUGCUUUGGAAAUCACACAAGGACAUAUAGAGAGAGGCUUCUUGAUCUUGAAAAAAUGGCUUACGAGAAAGUCAAUGAGCUUAACCUUAAGGACACAGAGCUUCGUCUUGGAUUACCCGGAACGGAGCAAGAUAAGGAAGAACAAGAGGUUUCUUGCGUUAGAAGCAUCAAACGUCAACUACAAAGCGAUAACGAGGAAGCAUCUACACCUCCUACGAAAACUCAAAUCGUUGGUUGGCCUCCGGUGAGAUCUUACCGUAAGAACAACAACAGUGUUAGCUAUGUGAAAGUGAGUAUGGAUGGAGCUCCUUAUCUUAGGAAAAUAGAUCUCAAAACAUACAAAAACUAUGCUGAGCUUCUAAAGGGUUUGGAGAACAUGUUCAAAUUCACGAUAGGUGAAUACUGCGAAAGAGAAGGAUACAAAGGAUCUGGAGUUGUACCAACGUACGAGGAUAAAGAUGGAGACUGGAUGUUGGUUGGUGAUGUUCCAUGGGAUAUGUUCUCUUCCUCUUGUAAGAGACUCCGGAUCAUGAAAGGAUCUGAUGCUCUUGCUUUGGACUCGGCCUUAUUAUGAUGAUGAUAAAGAAGAAGAUAUUUCGAUGAAAGCUUUUUAUGGAUGAAACCCUUUUUGAUUUGAUUUGAUUCUGAUCGGAGUUUGAGUAGUUGACUACACCAAAAACAGAACAUGUCAGGGUUUUGUUCGAUGAGAUAGAUCCAUCUUCAAGGGGUUAUCUUUUAGUUUUGUUUGAUCCUUGUUUUUAGAUUUGGAGUUUGAUGUAAAGAUAGAUGAAAUUUUAUGUACAACACGGACACAUAUACACAAUAUAGAUGCGUAUGUAGUAAUGCUUUUGAUGAAAAGAGUCUUUAAUUUCUUAGUAA